CAGAGAACAAGGCCGGGACAUCCGCGGCCUGGUCUCAGAAUCGCCAGACUCACACAGUUUCCUUCUGAGUCUGGGCGGUGCCACAAAACUGGAGAAGUUCUCGAAGUAUACAUUCAAGCCUUAGUUGCAUUUGUUCUCCCAACUCACACUGAUUCCUAGAGCCCACCUAAUUUCUGUUCAUUUCUGCAAAGUUACUGCACCAUGGCAGGUCAAUGGAAGCCUCAAGGGAAAAACAGAAGUGUGUUCCAGAAAAUACAAGUACCUCCAAAGAGCAUUGAAGAAUUCUUAAAGCUUCAAAAUUGGGAUUAUUGGCCCAAAGAAAUCCACUUAAUAGAAGAUAAAUAUGUAUAUGAUAUGAACAGAAUAAAAGAAGAUAGUUCAUUUACUUCAAUUUAUACACAUCUAUUGAAAAAUGUCCCUCAAAUAUUUGAAGCAGACAUGAACGUGGAGUUAAGAUUAAGGGAAUGUUCACUUCUUUUGCAAGACCAUGCAUCCAAAAUAUUUGAAUGGGACAAAGUUAUUUGCAAAACAAGUUAUGAGAAAUUGGAAAGACAUAAGGCAUUUCUAGAGAAGUACCAUACACACAAAAAGAUAAUGCUUGCAGAUGAAAUGGGGACACAGAAGAAUAUAGAGGGUUGCAACUUCUCAGGAUUCAAAGCAAAUGAGCUUACUCAAUUACCCAGACAUUUGGAUGCUAAACGAAUUUAUCUUUUUAUUUUAAAAGCCCAUGACUUUGAUGAAAGAAUAUUUAAAAUCUGGAAGAGUCAUUUUCUCUCAGAAUCUUCCAUUGCUCUUUUGCAUGACUCCUUUUGGUGGUGGUUUCUCCAUAAAUUUAAGCCUAACAAAAAAAAUCAAGAUUGCUUAUUUGAUAGAAUUUCAGAAAGUUAUGUGACACUUUUCAUUAGCAUACCUUUAAGACGGAAAGAUGCAUUUUUUCAGAUAUAUCCUGAUUGUCUGGCACAAGCUAUAUAUGCAACAUUCCGGGAAGCAUUUCCAGAAUCUAGUAACCUCUUUAAUGAUGAAUUUAAAGAAGACCUAGGGAAUAACAUUUUUCUUUGGAUGUCAGGACUAAAACCACGAAAAGGCUUUUGGGUUCACUGGAAACUAAAAGACCUCUCCACAACAACCAUACAUGGUAGCAAGAGAGCAACUGAAAAAUCAAUAAAGGAAAGAAUUGCAAGUAGUCAAGAACACAUAAUAUCUAGACUAUGGAAAUGGACCUUCCAUACAGGAUCCGGGUCAGAAUGAAUGUCUCAAACCAGUUCAUAACCAGCUAUCACCCUUCCAAACAGUGGGCAGUGAUCCUUGCUUCCAUAAACCAGAAAUGGGAAUACCUUCCAGCCUCAUCAGUACUCAUCCUAGUACUCCACAAAACACAGAUCUGUUCAAACAAGAAGGGAAAGAAAAGGCCUCCCUACACUAGUUCCUGAAGGAGCUUUUGAAUAUUUACCAACUAUAAGGGAAAUUAUAUUGGCCAUGGUUCAAUGAGUUAAGUCAUAAAACAACAUUAAAUUUGUGAGAAGUUAGCAAUAAUAUUUUGUGAAAUUAUAGCUGUGUUUUAUAUUUUCUAAGUUACCCUCCCAAGCGUAUCUUUUGAAUUAUUCCCAAAGCUUUUGUUCCACGAGGCUUUUUCAAAAUGUGUUGUUCUCUGAAUGGUAAUAGUAAAUGGGCACUUAUUUGGAAUGCCAGAGCUAUGGAUAGAUCCAGGCCAGGCUCUGCUAUGAAUGAAAUCUAUGGCUUCAAUCAAGACACAUAAUAUUCCAUCCACUGCAACUAAGCUAAACUACACCUCUGACUCCACUUCUGACUCAGACUUUUCAAUUGUUUGAAUUCUUAUCAUUCUUAUUGCUGAGUAUGUAACAGUGA